CGAACAGUCCAUCAAAAUUUAAACGACGAAAAAAGAUCAAAUGGUAAACUAAUAUACGGAAAAGGCAUAUAGAUUAAAUAUGUUUCCAUCUGUCCCAAAAAUUAUAAGGGAACUACACUGUAGUUGAAAAGGAGAGUCUUUAUUAAGAAAUAUGUGUAUUGGUUGCUGUUGAUAUUUUCUUUCUCUUCAGGACAUGGAGUCUAUCGUGGAGACCAUGAUGCAACAGCUUUUGUCUAAAGAAAUUCUUCACGAGCCUAUGAAAGAAGUUGGAGAACGAUAUCCAAAAUGGUUGGAAGACAAUAAGACUAAAUUGAGCAGCCAAGAAUAUGAACGUUAUUCCCACCAAUAUGAGGAACUGAUUUGUGUGGUUUUGAUGGUUUUGGAUGUUGGGUUCAUUUGGUUUUGUGGACUGGUGCUGUUCUGUGUGGAUAGGUGCUUGCUGUUUCAGUGGUGGUUUGCUUUUCUGGCAGAUUGUUGUGCAAUUUUUGGGAUGAGUUAG